GACCCUCCCGUGCGCACACCCUCGCCACGUGCUGGUCGCAACGCAAGCCGGGCUUGCUGCGUGUCCAGAGAAGCGGAGCGGACGAAGGCUGGAGCUGGGGCGCCCGACGCCCGCCGGAUGCUGCGGACCGCGUCACUCUCACCACGCGCGAGACGCCGCUAAUCGGCGAGCUUCAGAGCGGCCUGCCAGCGCUGUUGCCGUUGGCGUCGCUGCUUCUCACUUGUCGACUCUUCGUGUUUAACCCGCUCUGUGGGAGGAGAACCCGGCUGUGAUGAGACGCGCGGAUGGUCUCACGAUGACGACGACUCGCCGACAACGACCAGUGGUCUCCUCUGAGGAUUGACGCUUGUCUGCCCACUUCCGCGAAGGAAGCAGAACGGCGCGCUGUGUGUAACGCAGGAACCUCGCGAGGACCAGCGGCAGCGCCGGGAGGGUCUGGGCGGUGGGAGGCCCCCGUAGCGCGCGGGCGCCAUGCUUCGGAGCGGGGCGGCGGACGACGGGUCCGCUGAGCCCCUGCAGCCGCCGGCGCGCAACGGGGACCUGCUCAGGGCGUACCAGGAGGACGCGGACGCGGCGGCGGCAUUCGAGAUGCCGUCGGCGCCGCUGCCCCCGCCACCGCCACUGCCGCUGCCGCCUCCGAUGCACGAGGCCACCGAGCCGGACUCGAGCCUGCUGCAGCAGCACGGCAACGGAAGCCUGCCCGAGCUGCGCGCGCCCUUCGCCGUCCCCGACGACGACUCGCUCGGCCAGACGCGCAAGGGCUCGGCCGACUCUUCGCAGAGCUCCACCAAGUGCAGGAGGCGCACAAAAUCUAUGACGUGCAACAUGGUGAGCGCACUGUACGGCAAAAUAGCUGUGGUUAUCACGACCGUCCUGGUGUUGACGGAAGUUAUGGACAACUCCGUGCCUCUUCUACGCUUUCACGGCUACCUGUACGCGUACCUGCUGGGCGGGUCGGUGGUCUGCCUCCUGGGCGUCUACGUGAGCACCAUGGUGGACCGGUGUCCAGCGCUGACCGGCCAGCCGUCACGUUCUGGGGCCGACCCUGAGGCAGCGCUGCGACGCGGUCGCGUCAUGACGCCCUGCUCGGACGUCAGCAUUUACCUCCGAAUAGGAGUCAUCGUGUUCGGCCUGGGGACUCUGUUGUCGUGCGGCCUCGAGAUCGCCACAAUAUUCACGCUGACCAAGCCAUGCACCGACCCUGUUAACUUGGCCAUGCCUGUGCUCCACGCGCUAUUCACCUUUCUGCAGAUGCACUUCGUCUUCAUGAACCCACAGAGCGUAGCCCGGUCGCUGGGCUGCCUGCGCCACCUGGUGCUGGUCCACCUCGUGGUCACCAAUAUCGCCGUCUGGCUCAAGUUGCUGCUCUGGGAAACCGCCAGCGAGUGGCUCCGACAGAGCCACGUUGUCCAGGAUGGGCAGAGCAUCUGGCCACCCAAGGGAUUCAACUUCACCACGCACGUCAUAGACGACCAAGGCGACCAUAAAGCGUUCUUCACGUCGGACUGCCUGUGGCGGCCCAUGGACAACCUGCCCAUGGAACGUAUGCUUACGCUACAACGCUGCCUGCACAACACAACCGUGGGUGCCAUCUGGCAGAAAGCAUCGCCCUUCUUGACGCCCUUCAUCGUCCAGUACAGCGUCGUGGCUGCCGUGGUCGUCUACACCAUCUGGGACAACUACUCGUACUGCACCAGGGGCAAGAACUACUAUGGCCGCCGGUCCUCUCCCACUGCCGACCGCAUCGAAGCUGCCGUCACCUCCUCUACCAACCGUGUGGUGGACUGCCAGGGUUCCAGCAAGGGCCUCUUCCUGGGUCUUCUCGUUCUUGUGGCCGGCGUCAUCGUUCUCAUCCUUUUUUUCGUGCUGAGCAACGAGAACAUGGAGAUCGAGACGCUGUCUGCAGUCACCACGCUCCACUGCGCCGUCCAGGGUCUCUCGGCUAUGGCAACGGCCAUCGGACUCUGCACUGUCGGUGGCGCUUACCACAAGCGCGGCAGGACGACCCAGCUCAACUCAAUCCUGCAGGGCAUCGGCCUCCUCGCCCUUUACACGUACGGCGUUUUCGGUGUCGUAGCCGGCUCCUCGAGAAUCUUCGAAGGGUCCGAGCACCUGCUCCUCCUCCUGGACGGUGCAUUCAUGGUCCUGUUUGCGAGCCUGCAGUCGCUGUUCGUCCAGCGUCUCGCCAUGCGUUGCCUGCCUAAGAAGAACAACAAGUCCGGCCUGCAAGUGGUCACAUUUCUCAUGUUCAGCAACCUGGUGCUCUGGCUCCUGGAGACGUUCACGAACCAGAACCACAUAUCCAGUCAGCAGCAGCUGGCCAUGUACGGGGCCGUGUCGUGGGGCAUCAUUUCUAGGGUGGCCCUGCCGCUGGUCAUCUUCUAUAGGUUCCACUCAUGUGUCUUUCUUCUGGAGGCAUGGCAGCUACCCAUCACAUUGAGCAGAGAGUGACUUGCUUCGGUCGCGACGAUAUACUGAUGGACAGUAUAACCACUGCGUUCCUUUCACCGUGCACCCGCAAAACUGGCUCGACAAGCCCUGAGUGACAUUAUGCGGUCUCCAACGGAACAGUGUUUUGAGUGAGGCAGUGGUGGCUACUAGUAAUCAGAGCAACCUGUAUCAGUGACUGUCACAACGGAAGCUCUGCUGUUAUCAUUGACUGCCAUUCACGUGUUAUGUGCAAACGCUGAAAGGACUUGCGAAACUAUGUGCUCCUCCCUUAGUGUAAGAGAAAAAAAAUGUCGCAGCUUAAACCUUCGAAGCCCACAUGAUCAACAUGAAAAAUACGCUCUUUCGCCGCUUAAAUGCCCAACAUCAGCUUUAACAAUGACUGUGAAAUGUGAAUGCUAUCGUUGAUUGUUAAGUCUACAUGAUGGUUAGUUUCUGUGAUGAAACUUUCGCAAAGCGCGAUUAUAAGCCUUAAGAAAGCUUGUAUGAUGCUAGCUCCACCAUAUGUGCUUCCAUGCAAACCCAAGGCGAUAAAGAAUUGUUGUUUUCGUCCCAGUAGUAAGAAUGUUAGAAGUUCGAGUAAAAAUAAGGGCCAAAGUUGAGUUGCGCAUACCUAGACGACACAAAGCUGUCACUUCACGAGAUGUCUCUUGUUGAUCAGUAUAAAGUACCGAGUGCACCAUCAUCAUAAGAUUUCGCAUCGCGCUUUAUGAGCUUCUCCAUUUGUGCCUUGUCAUCAGAAUGAUCCUCAUUUUUUAGCUUCAUCGACAAUGUUGUGGAGCUGUUAAGUUUUGCUUUCAACCACUGCCACACCAUUCAUCAUUACAAGUAGAGCUUAGCCAUCCUGUGAGUGUAUGCGCUGCCCACAGCGCACUAUGCUAUGUCUAUAGUACACCUAACGUCACGUGUCCUCGAUCGUACUGCUCAUGUAAAAGCUGCAGUGUUAAAACGUGCCCAGUAGUACAACUUUCAGCGCAUGAAAAAAGUAAUGUGAAAUCUUGAGAGUAUCACUUGCCUUUCAUAGUAACGGUAUAGAGCCGACCACAGUUACUAAAAUUGAAACAGUACUGCCUCAUUCUGCGACAUCAUAGACCUCAAUCUUACGAGAGACUAAUAAAUACUAGAAUAUUCUUAUCAACGCACUUUUACAAACAGUAUAAACGCCACCUCACAUUUUCUGCCAUUGCUUGUACCGACACAUUCAGAACAACUAAAAUUAAAACUUAUGACGACUUCAA